AUGCCUUCGUCCGCCCUUGCUGCACACCUUCAGGUGGUAUACGCUGUAGUGUGCUGCAGUGAUGGGUCUGACUUUGAGUCAGACACAGUACACCAGCCUACUAAAAGAGUAGCAGCUCAAGGUUCUUCAGUAGCUCCAACAGCUAUUUCAUCUUUGAAGCGCAGCAAACAAGAAAACGUUGUCUGGAAGCUAAAGCUGGAGAAUGCAAAAGAAAAAAUUAAGUCCUUGGAGAAUGAAAGGGACUUCUUAAGGAACCAACUGUCUGAGGCUUUGGCGCUUGCAAAUAAAGAGGACCAAGUGACGGCAGCGCCCUCCUUGCACGAAAAGAGUAUUGAAAAAUCCUCUUCCUCCUCCACCUCCUCCUCAUCCUCCUCCGACAGUUCCUCCUCUUCCUCAUCAUCUUCUUCAGAAAGAGGGAAGAAGAAGAAGAAGAAGAAGAAGAAGAAGAAGAAGAAGAAGAAGAAGAGGAACAACAGCAACAACAAAAAAGACAGCAAGAAAAAAAAAGGGAAGAAAGGAAACAAAAAGAACACCAAGAUAGGAAAGAGAGUCCUCACCCCAGAAGAGUCCAUGGAUCGCUACAGGCGCGUCUUUGUAGCAGUGAAAAAGGGCAUGACAAAAACUGAGGCAUACGUCAAAGUCGGGGUUGACCGAAAAACGGUAGCAGCAACGGUCGCCAUUUCGGAGCUACACACUGUUGACAAAGACCUGUAUGACCAGCUGAUGGCAUCAAUGCCCAAGGGAGAGACACUUUAUCUUUUUUUGGCAAAAUGUAACCUAGAAAUUUUUGGCAGGAACCUUCAGGAUAAGGUGAAUGAAAAAAAAAAGCAACGGGGAACUUUUGCAAAUUGGACAACGGGCAUAGUAAAGAAGAGAGCAGGUUUUUGUUUUGUUUUUAGGGUGCCUUUUUUUUGUUCCAUUUUAAAAUGCCCUUUUUUUUGGUUGAUUUGUUCAGUGACAUCGAGAAAUGCCUUGUUAAAAGAGUGUGGAAACUACACAGAUGCGAUGUGA